AUGCAGGAGUGUGGACACUAUAGCUGCUUGAGAAAAUACAGCCGUGUAGCCAGAGAACGGAGUGAAGGUGAGCUUACUGACAAAAGUGAGGGAAACAGAUGUGACAAAGAGGAUGAAGAUGUCCCAGAGGAAGUGACAACCAAGGAGAAGCCAGUAAAAGGUUGUAAGCCAGGAAACAGUAUGGUUGGGCUCAUGGAUGAUGAAGUGGUUCUACAGUGUACCGCAACCAUCCACAAAGAACAACAGAAACUAUGUUUGGCAGCAGAAGGAUUUGGCAACAGACUUUGCUUCUUGGAGUCCACUUCGAAUUCCAAGAAUGUUCCUCCAGACCUCUCCAUCUGCACCUUCGUGCUGGAGCAGUCCCUGUCUGUCCGGGCCUUGCAGGAGAUGCUGGCUAACACUGUGGAAAAGUCUGAAGGGAAGGUUGAUGUGGAAAAAUGGACCUUUGUCUGCAAAACUGCUCAGGGUGGCGGCCACCGAACACUCCUCUAUGGUCAUGCAGUACUGCUGCGGCAUUCCUACAGUGGCAUGUAUCUGUGCUGCCUGUCCACCUCUCGGUCUUCAACUGAUAAGCUGGCUUUUGAUGUUGGCUUGCAAGAGGAUACAACAGGUGAAGCUUGUUGGUGGACCAUCCAUCCUGCCUCUAAGCAGCGCUCAGAAGGAGAAAAGGUGCGCGUUGGAGAUGACCUCAUCUUAGUGAGCGUGUCCUCUGAAAGGUACCUGCACUUGUCUUACGGUAACGGCAGCUUGCACGUGGAUGCUGCUUUCCAGCAGACCCUCUGGAGCGUGGCCCCCAUCAGCUCAGGAAGUGAAGCAGCCCAAGGGUAUCUGAUUGGUGGUGACGUCCUCAGGUUGCUUCAUGGACAUAUGGAUGAAUGCCUCACUGUCCCUUCAGGAGAACACGGUGAAGAGCAGCGGAGAACUGUUCAUUACGAAGGUGGUGCUGUGUCGGUUCACGCACGUUCCCUGUGGCGACUAGAGACACUAAGAGUUGCGUGGAGUGGAAGCCACAUAAGAUGGGGACAACCUUUUCGACUGCGCCAUGUCACAACAGGAAAAUACUUGAGUCUCAUGGAAGACAAAAGCCUUCUACUCAUGGACAAAGAGAAAGCUGAUGUCAAAUCAACUGCAUUUACCUUCCGAUCUUCCAAGGAAAAAUUGGAUGUAGGAGUGAGAAAAGAAGUCGAUGGCAUGGGAACCUCUGAAAUAAAAUAUGGAGACUCAGUGUGUUAUAUACAGCACAUCAGUACAGGCUUGUGGCUAACUUACCAGUCUGUGGAUGUGAAAUCGGUGAGAAUGGGAUCCAUACAACGCAAGGCUAUUAUGCAUCAUGAAGGACACAUGGAUGAUGGCCUAAAUUUAUCCAGAUCUCAGCAUGAAGAAUCACGGACAGCACGUGUCAUCCGGAGCACAGUCUUUCUUUUUAAUAGAUUUAUUAGUUUAUUUUCUGUGACCAUUCUGGUCUCUGUCACCAAGGUUAGGGUAGUGGUCGUGGAGUACCUGGGUUUGAUCCCUGGUGAGCAUUUAGAGCAUGAAGAUAAGCAGAACAGAUUACGAGCUCUGAAGAACAGGCAGAAUCUCUUCCAGGAAGAGGGAAUGAUCAACCUUGUGCUCGAGUGUAUAGACAGGCUGCAUGUGUAUAGCAGUGCUGCACACUUCGCUGAUGUUGCUGGGAGAGAAGCAGGGGAAUCUUGGAAAUCGAUUCUGAAUUCUUUGUAUGAGUUGUUGGCGGCACUAAUUAGAGGAAAUCGUAAAAACUGUGCUCAAUUUUCUGGCUCCCUUGACUGGUUAAUCAGCCGACUGGAAAGACUGGAAGCUUCUUCUGGUAUUCUUGAAGUUUUACACUGUGUGCUAGUAGAAAGUCCAGAAGCUCUAAAUAUUAUUAAAGAAGGCCAUAUAAAAUCCAUUAUCUCACUUUUAGACAAGCAUGGAAGAAAUCACAAGGUUCUGGAUGUCUUAUGCUCUCUCUGUGUUUGCCAUGGAGUAGCAGUCCGUUCUAACCAGCAUCUCAUCUGUGACAAUCUUCUGCCCGGAAGAGACCUGUUAUUGCAGACUCGCCUUGUGAACCAUGUGAGCAGCAUGAGGCCCAAUAUUUUUCUGGGUGUCAGUGAAGGCUCUGCGCAGUAUAAGAAGUGGUACUAUGAGUUGAUGGUGGACCACACGGAGCCGUUUGUGACUGCUGAAGCCACUCACCUGCGCGUGGGCUGGGCUUCCACCGAGGGCUACUCACCCUACCCCGGCGGGGGCGAGGAAUGGGGUGGGAACGGCGUCGGAGACGACCUCUUCUCCUACGGAUUCGAUGGCCUUCACCUCUGGUCAGGUUGUAUUGCCCGGACUGUCAGCUCACCAAACCAGCAUCUCUUGAGAACUGAUGAUGUCAUCAGUUGCUGUUUAGAUCUAAGUGCCCCAAGCAUCUCCUUCCGAAUUAAUGGACAACCUGUUCAAGGCAUGUUUGAGAAUUUCAACAUUGAUGGCCUCUUCUUUCCAGUUGUUAGUUUCUCUGCAGGAAUAAAAGUACGCUUUCUGCUUGGGGGGAGACAUGGAGAAUUUAAAUUCCUUCCUCCGCCUGGAUAUGCUCCUUGUUACGAAGCUGUUCUGCCAAAAGAAAAGUUGAAAGUGGAGCACAGCCGAGAGUACAAGCAAGAAAGGACUUACACACGGGACCUCCUGGGCCCCACAGUUUCCCUGACACAAGCUGCCUUCACACCAAUCCCAGUGGACACCAGCCAGAUUGUGUUGCCUCCCCACCUGGAGAGGAUACGAGAAAAACUGGCAGAGAAUAUCCAUGAGCUCUGGGUGAUGAAUAAAAUUGAACUUGGCUGGCAGUAUGGUCCGGUUAGAGACGACAAUAAGAGGCAACACCCGUGUCUGGUGGAGUUCUCCAAGCUGCCUGAGCAGGAGCGCAAUUACAACCUACAGAUGUCGCUUGAGACCCUGAAGACGUUGUUGGCUUUAGGAUGUCAUGUGGGUAUAUCAGAUGAACAUGCUGAAGAAAAGGUGAAAAAAAUGAAGCUGCCAAAGAAUUACCAGCUGACAAGUGGAUAUAAGCCUGCCCCAAUGGACCUGAGCUUUAUCAAACUCACCCCAUCUCAAGAGGCCAUGGUGGACAAGUUGGCGGAAAAUGCUCAUAACGUGUGGGCUCGGGAUCGGAUUCGGCAGGGCUGGACCUACGGCAUCCAACAGGAUGUAAAGAACAGAAGAAACCCUCGGCUUGUUCCCUAUGCCCUUCUAGAUGACAGAACUAAGAAAUCCAAUAAGGAUAGCCUCCGUGAGGCUGUACGCACACUCCUGGGAUAUGGCUACAACCUGGAGGCACCUGAUCAAGAUCAUGCUGCCAGAGCAGACGUGUGCAGCGGCAGAGGAGAGAGGUUCCGGAUCUUCCGUGCUGAGAAGACAUACGCUGUGAAGGCUGGAAGGUGGUAUUUUGAAUUCGAGGCGGUCACUGCUGGAGACAUGCGAGUUGGCUGGAGCAGGCCAGGCUGUCAACCUGAUCAGGAGCUUGGCUCAGAUGAACGUGCCUUUGCUUUUGAUGGCUUCAAGGCCCAGCGGUGGCAUCAGGGCAAUGAGCACUAUGGGCGCUCUUGGCAAGCUGGCGAUGUUGUGGGGUGCAUGGUUGACAUGACAGAACACACCAUGAUGUUCACACUGAACGGCGAAAUCCUCCUUGAUGAUUCAGGGUCAGAACUGGCUUUCAAGGACUUUGAUGUUGGUGAUGGAUUCAUACCUGUGUGUAGCCUUGGAGUGGCUCAAGUGGGCAGGAUGAACUUUGGAAAGGAUGUCAGCACCUUGAAAUAUUUCACCAUCUGUGGCUUACAAGAGGGCUAUGAGCCAUUUGCCGUUAACACAAAUAGGGAUAUUACCAUGUGGCUGAGCAAGAGGCUUCCUCAAUUUCUCCAAGUUCCAUCAAACCAUGAACAUAUUGAGGUGACCAGAAUAGAUGGCACCAUAGACAGUUCCCCAUGUUUAAAAGUCACUCAGAAGUCCUUUGGCUCUCAGAACAGCAGCACCGAUAUCAUGUUUUAUCGUCUGAGCAUGCCCAUCGAGUGUGCAGAGGUCUUCUCCAAGACUGCAGCUGGAGGGAUCCCUGGCACCGGCCUCUUUGGGCCCAAGAAUGACCUGGAGGAUUAUGAUGUGGAUUCGGACUUUGAGGUUCUCAUGAAGACAGCUCACGGCCAUCUGGUGCCAGAUCGAGGAGACAAAGACAAAGAAGCUACAAAACCGGAGUUUAAUAACCACAAAGAUUAUGCUCAGGAAAAACCCUCUCGUCUGAAACAGAGGUUUUUGCUUCGAAGAACAAAGCCAGAUUAUAGCACCAGCCAUUCUGCAAGACUCACUGAAGAUGUCCUUGCAGAUGAGAGAGAUGACUACGAUUACUUGAUGCAAACGUCCACGUACUAUUACUCAGUGAGAAUCUUUCCUGGACAAGAACCUGCCAACGUCUGGGUGGGCUGGAUCACAUCCGAUUUCCAUCAGUAUGAUACAGGCUUCGACUUGGACAGAGUUCGCACAGUGACCGUGACUCUGGGAGAUGAAAAAGGAAAGGUGCACGAAAGCAUCAAACGCAGCAAUUGCUAUAUGGUGUGUGCGGGUGAGAGCCUGAGCCCGGGGCAAGGACGCAACAACAACGGCCUGGAGAUUGGCUGCGUGGUGGAUGCCGCCAGUGGGCUGCUCACCUUCACGGCCAACGGCAAGGAACUGAGCACCUAUUAUCAGGUGGAGCCAAGCACAAAAUUAUUCCCUGCAGUUUUUGCACAAGCUACAAGUCCCAAUGUUUUUCAGUUUGAGUUGGGAAGAAUAAAGAAUGUGAUGCCUCUCUCAGCGGGAUUAUUCAAGAGUGAGCACAAAAAUCCUGUGCCUCAGUGUCCCCCACGUCUCCAUGUGCAAUUUCUCUCACAUGUCCUGUGGAGCAGAAUGCCCAACCAGUUCUUGAAGGUAGAUGUCUCUCGAAUAAGUGAACGCCAGGGCUGGCUGGUGCAGUGCGUGGAGCCUCUGCAGUUCAUGUCACUUCAUAUCCCAGAGGAGAACAGAUCUGUGGACAUACUGGAACUGACGGAGCAGGAGGAGCUGCUGAAAUUCCACUACCACACUCUCCGGCUCUACUCGGCUGUCUGCGCGCUCGGGAACCACCGCGUGGCCCACGCCUUGUGCAGCCACGUGGACGAGCCGCAGCUGCUCUACGCCAUCGAGAACAAGUACAUGCCCGGCCUGCUGCGCGCCGGCUACUACGACCUUCUCAUUGACAUCCACCUCGGCUCCUACGCCACCGCCAGGCUCAUGAUGAACAACGAGUUCAUCGUCCCCAUGACCGAGGAGACGAAGAGCAUCACGCUCUUCCCGGAUGAGAACAAGAAGCACGGGCUCCCGGGCAUUGGCCUCAGCACCUCCCUCAGGCCGCGGAUGCAGUUUUCCUCCCCGAGUUUUGUCAGCAUUAAUACUGAGGGCUACCAGUAUAGCCCGGAGUUCCCGCUGGACAUCCUGAAGGCCAAGACCAUACAGAUGCUGACAGAAGCCGUGAAAGAGGGCAGCCUUCAUGCGCGAGACCCCGUUGGGGGCACCACCGAGUUCCUCUUUGUCCCUCUCAUCAAGCUGUUCUAUACCCUGCUCAUCAUGGGUGUCUUCCACAACGAGGACUUGAAACACGUCUUGCAGUUGAUUGAGCCUAGUGUGUUCAAGGAAGCCGCCAGCCCCGAGGAGGAAAGCGAGGUGGUGGAGAAGGAGCCCUGCGUGGAAGACUCCAAGCUGGAAGGAGCCGCAGAGGAAGAAAGCAAAGGCGGUAAGAGGCCCAAGGAGGGCCUGCUCCAAAUGAAACUGCCAGAGCCAGUAAAAUUACAGAUGUGCCUGCUACUUCAAUACCUCUGUGACUGCCAGGUCCGGCACCGAAUAGAAGCCAUUGUGGCCUUUUCAGAUGACUUUGUAGCCAAGCUCCAAGACAAUCAACGAUUCCGAUAUAACGAAGUUAUGCAAGCCUUAAACAUGUCGGCUGCACUCACAGCCAGGAAAACAAAGGAAUUCAGAUCCCCGCCUCAAGAACAGAUCAAUAUGCUUCUCAAUUUUAAGGAUGACAAAAGUGAAUGUCCAUGUCCUGAAGAAAUCCGAGACCAACUCUUGGAUUUUCACGAAGAUUUGAUGACACAUUGUGGAAUUGAGCUGGAUGAAGAUAGGUCUCUGGAUGGAAACAAUGAUUUAACUAUUAGAGGACGCCUGCUGUCCUUGGUAGAAAAGGUGACAUACCUAAAGAAGAAGCAAGCUGAAAAGCCAGUUGAGAGUGACUCCAAGAAGUCAUCCACUCUUCAGCAGUUGAUCUCUGAGACCAUGGUCCGAUGGGCUCAAGAGUCUGUCAUUGAAGACCCUGAGUUGGUGAGGGCCAUGUUUGUGUUGCUCCAUCGACAGUAUGAUGGCAUUGGGGGUCUGGUACGGGCUCUGCCAAAGACCUAUACUAUAAAUGGUGUUUCUGUGGAGGAUACCAUCAAUCUGCUAGCAUCUCUUGGUCAGAUUCGUUCUCUGCUAAGUGUGAGAAUGGGCAAAGAAGAAGAGAAACUUAUGAUUCGUGGAUUAGGGGAUAUCAUGAACAAUAAGGUGUUUUACCAGCAUCCUAAUCUCAUGCGGGCACUUGGGAUGCAUGAGACAGUGAUGGAGGUCAUGGUCAAUGUCCUCGGAGGUGGAGAGUCCAAGGAAAUCACGUUUCCGAAGAUGGUGGCCAACUGUUGCCGUUUUCUCUGUUACUUCUGUCGUAUAAGUAGGCAGAAUCAGAAAGCCAUGUUUGAUCAUCUCAGUUAUUUACUGGAAAACAGUAGUGUUGGCCUUGCCUCACCAGCUAUGAGAGGGUCAACACCAUUGGAUGUGGCAGCAGCCUCGGUGAUGGAUAAUAAUGAACUAGCUUUAGCUUUGCGGGAGCCAGAUCUGGAAAAGGUCGUUCGAUAUUUGGCUGGUUGUGGACUGCAGAGUUGCCAGAUGCUAGUGUCAAAGGGUUAUCCAGACAUUGGGUGGAAUCCAGUUGAAGGAGAGAGAUAUCUUGACUUUCUCAGAUUUGCUGUCUUCUGUAAUGGGGAAAGCGUGGAGGAGAAUGCAAAUGUUGUGGUGAGAUUGCUCAUUCGGAGGCCUGAGUGUUUCGGCCCUGCCUUGCGGGGGGAAGGUGGGAACGGCCUGCUUGCAGCCAUGGAGGAAGCCAUAAAAAUCGCCGAGGACCCCUCUCGGGAUGGCCCCUCACCAACCACCGGGUCCAGCAAAACCCCUGAUACAGACGAGGAAGAGGAUGACACCAUCCACAUGGGAAAUGCCAUCAUGACCUUCUAUGCAGCUUUAAUUGACCUGUUAGGACGCUGUGCUCCUGAGAUGCAUUGUAUCACCUUCUCUCUUUUAGAUGGGAAUGUGGUGGAGCCUGACAUGUCUGCAGGGUUUUGUCCAGAUCACAAGGCAGCCAUGGUUUUGUUCCUUGACAGGGUCUAUGGAAUUGAGGUUCAAGAUUUCCUCCUCCAUCUUCUUGAGGUUGGCUUUCUGCCAGAUCUCCGGGCUGCUGCUUCCUUAGACACGGCUGCUUUGAGUGCUACCGACAUGGCCCUGGCCCUCAAUCGGUACCUGUGCACAGCCGUGUUACCCUUGUUAACAAGGUGUGCUCCUCUUUUUGCGGGCACCGAGCACCAUGCUUCUCUCAUUGACUCAUUGCUUCACACUGUGUACCGGCUUUCUAAGGGCUGCUCACUCACCAAAGCUCAACGGGAUUCCAUAGAAGUGUGUUUACUCUCUAUUUGUGGCCAGUUGAGACCUUCUAUGAUGCAGCACUUACUCAGACGAUUAGUAUUCGAUGUCCCAUUGUUAAAUGAACACGCGAAGAUGCCUCUUAAGCUGCUGACAAAUCAUUAUGAAAGAUGCUGGAAAUAUUACUGCCUGCCUGGAGGGUGGGGAAACUUUGGAGCUGCCUCAGAAGAAGAACUUCAUUUAUCAAGAAAGCUGUUCUGGGGCAUCUUUGAUGCCCUAUCUCAAAAGAAAUAUGAACAAGAACUUUUCAAACUGGCACUGCCUUGCCUGAGUGCAGUUGCGGGAGCUUUGCCUCCAGACUACAUGGAGUCAAAUUAUGUCAGUAUGAUGGAAAAACAGUCAUCAAUGGAUUCUGAAGGGAACUUUAAUCCACAACCUGUUGAUACCUCAAAUAUUACAAUUCCUGAGAAGUUGGAAUACUUCAUUAACAAAUAUGCAGAACAUGCCCAUGACAAGUGGUCAAUGGAUAAGUUGGCAAAUGGAUGGAUUUAUGGAGAAAUAUAUUCAGACUCAUCUAAAGUUCAACCAUUAAUGAAGCCAUAUAAACUGUUAUCUGAAAAGGAAAAAGAAAUUUAUCGCUGGCCAAUCAAAGAAUCUUUAAAAACUAUGCUGGCUUGGGGAUGGAGAAUUGAAAGGACACGGGAGGGAGACAGCAUGGCCCUUUAUAACCGUACCCGUCGUAUUUCUCAGACAAGUCAGGUUUCUGUAGAUGCCGCCCAUGGGUAUAGCCCACGAGCCAUUGACAUGAGCAAUGUUACGCUAUCCAGAGAUCUGCAUGCUAUGGCAGAAAUGAUGGCUGAAAACUACCAUAAUAUAUGGGCAAAGAAAAAGAAACUGGAACUGGAGGCCAAAGGAGGUGGAAACCAUCCCCUGCUGGUACCUUACGAUACGCUGACGGCCAAAGAGAAAGCCAAGGACAGGGAGAAAGCCCAGGACAUCCUCAAGUUCCUGCAGAUCAGUGGUUAUGCCGUGUCCAGAGGGUUCAAAGACCUGGAACUGGACACACCUUCUAUUGAGAAACGAUUUGCCUAUAGUUUCCUUCAGCAACUCAUUCGCUAUGUGGAUGAAGCCCAUCAGUAUAUCCUGGAGUUUGAUGGUGGCAGCAGAAGCAAAGGAGAGCAUUUCCCUUAUGAACAAGAAAUCAAGUUCUUUGCUAAAGUCGUUCUUCCUUUAAUUGAUCAGUAUUUCAAAAACCACCGUUUAUACUUCUUAUCUGCAGCAAGCAGACCUCUCUGUUCUGGAGGACAUGCAUCAAACAAAGAGAAAGAAAUGGUGACUAGCCUAUUCUGCAAACUUGGAGUUCUUGUCAGGCAUAGGAUUUCACUAUUUGGGAAUGAUGCAACAUCAAUUGUCAACUGUCUUCAUAUUUUGGGUCAGACUUUGGAUGCAAGGACUGUGAUGAAGACUGGCCUGGAGAGUGUUAAAAGUGCACUCAGAGCUUUCCUGGACAAUGCCGCAGAGGAUCUGGAGAAGACAAUGGAGAAUCUUAAGCAGGGCCAGUUCACCCACACCCGAAACCAGCCCAAAGGUGUUACUCAGAUUAUCAAUUAUACCACGGUGGCACUGUUGCCAAUGCUGUCAUCAUUAUUUGAGCAUAUUGGCCAACAUCAAUUCGGAGAAGAUCUAAUAUUGGAAGAUGUACAGGUAUCAUGUUAUAGAAUUCUGACUAGCUUGUAUGCUUUGGGAACCAGCAAGAGUAUUUAUGUGGAAAGGCAACGUUCUGCAUUGGGAGAAUGUCUGGCUGCUUUUGCUGGUGCCUUUCCUGUAGCAUUUUUAGAAACUCACCUGGACAAGCACAAUAUUUACUCCAUCUACAAUACAAAGUCUUCGAGAGAGAGAGCAGCUCUUAAUUUGCCUACUAAUGUGGAAGAUGUUUGUCCAAAUAUACCAUCUUUGGAGAAGCUCAUGGAAGAAAUUGUGGACUUGGCUGAGUCCGGUAUUCGCUACACUCAGAUGCCACACGUAAUGGAAGUUAUCCUGCCCAUGCUUUGUAGCUACAUGUCUCGUUGGUGGGAGCAUGGACCUGAGAAUAAUCCGGGAAGGGCUGAGAUGUGCUGUACAGCUCUGAACUCAGAGCACAUGAACACACUACUGGGCAAUAUCCUGAAAAUCAUAUAUAAUAACUUGGGUAUUGAUGAGGGAGCCUGGAUGAAGAGGUUAGCAGUGUUUUCCCAGCCUAUUAUAAAUAAAGUGAAACCUCAGCUCUUGAAAACUCAUUUCUUGCCAUUAAUGGAGAAGCUCAAGAAAAAGGCAGCGAUGGUGGUAUCAGAAGAGGACCAUCUGAAAUCUGAGGCCAGGGGAGAUAUGUCUGAAGCUGAACUUCUCAUCCUAGAUGAGUUCACCACACUGGCCAGAGAUCUCUAUGCCUUCUAUCCACUCCUGAUUAGAUUUGUGGACUAUAACAGGGCAAAGUGGCUGAAAGAGCCUAACCAAGAAGCAGAAGAUCUUUUCCGCAUGGUUGCUGAGGUGUUUAUCUACUGGUCAAAAUCCCAUAAUUUCAAAAGGGAGGAGCAGAACUUCGUGGUGCAGAAUGAAAUCAACAAUAUGUCUUUCCUUAUUAUGGACACCAAGUCAAAGAUGUCCAAGGCAGCUGUUUCUGAUCAGGAAAGGAAGAAAAUGAAGCGCAAAGGGGACCGAUAUUCCAUGCAGACCUCUCUUAUUGUGGCCGCUCUGAAGCGGUUACUGCCCAUUGGGUUGAACAUCUGUGCCCCUGGGGACCAGGAGCUCAUCGCUCUGGCCAAAAAUCGCUUUAGUCUGAAAGACACUGAGGAUGAAGUUCGAGAUAUAAUCCGCAGUAAUAUUCACUUACAAGGCAAGUUGGAGGAUCCUGCUAUUAGAUGGCAAAUGGCUCUUUACAAAGACUUACCCAACAGGACCGAAGACACUUCAGAUCCUGAGAAGACAGUGGAAAGGGUCUUGGAUAUAGCAAAUGUGCUUUUUCAUCUUGAACAGAAAUCUACAUGUAUGCGCCGGAGAUAUUACAAUCUGGUUGAGCAUCCUCAGAGAUCCAAAAAGGCCGUGUGGCACAAACUGCUCUCCAAGCAGAGGAAACGCGCUGUCGUUGCUUGCUUCCGAAUGGCUCCUUUAUACAAUCUGCCGAGGCAUCGGGCUGUCAAUCUCUUUCUUCAGGGAUAUGAAAAGUCUUGGAUUGAGACAGAAGAACAUUACUUUGAAGAUAAAUUGAUAGAAGAUUUAGCGAAACCUGGAGCAGAACCUCCAGAAGAAGAUGAAGGAGCUAAGAGGGUUGAUCCUCUUCAUCAGCUGAUCCUUCUGUUUAGUCGAACAGCUUUAACGGAGAAAUGCAAACUGGAGGAAGAUUUUUUAUAUAUGGCUUAUGCAGAUAUUAUGGCAAAGAGUUGUCAUGAUGAGGAAGAUGACGAUGGGGAAGAGGAAGUGAAGAGUUUUGAAGUCACAGGAUCCCAACGCAGCAAGGAAAAAGAAAUGGAAAAGCAAAAGCUUCUAUACCAACAAGCCAGGCUCCACGACCGCGGUGCUGCUGAGAUGGUGCUGCAGACUAUCAGUGCCAGCAAAGGUGAAACUGGACCCAUGGUGGCUGCUACUUUGAAACUUGGAAUUGCUAUCUUAAAUGGAGGGAACUCUACAGUACAGCAGAAAAUGCUUGACUACCUCAAGGAGAAAAAGGAUGUGGGCUUCUUUCAGAGCCUGGCUGGCCUGAUGCAGUCAUGCAGUGUCCUCGACCUAAAUGCAUUUGAGCGACAAAACAAAGCUGAAGGACUUGGGAUGGUGACUGAGGAAGGAUCAGGAGAAAAGGUUCUGCAGGAUGACGAAUUCACCUGUGACCUCUUCCGCUUCUUGCAACUGCUUUGUGAGGGACACAACUCAGAUUUUCAAAAUUAUCUGAGAACUCAGACUGGCAAUAAUACAACUGUCAACAUAAUCAUCUCUACUGUAGAUUACCUUCUGAGAGUUCAGGAAUCAAUUAGUGAUUUCUAUUGGUAUUACUCUGGGAAAGAUGUCAUUGAUGAACAAGGACAAAGGAAUUUCUCCAAAGCUAUUCAAGUAGCAAAACAAGUCUUUAACACUCUUACAGAGUAUAUUCAGGGUCCUUGCACUGGCAACCAGCAGAGUUUGGCUCACAGCAGGCUCUGGGAUGCUGUAGUGGGCUUUCUUCAUGUAUUUGCCCACAUGCAGAUGAAGCUGUCUCAGGACUCCAGUCAAAUUGAGCUACUAAAAGAAUUGAUGGAUCUUCAGAAGGACAUGGUGGUCAUGUUGCUGUCCAUGUUGGAAGGCAAUGUUGUUAAUGGCACCAUUGGCAAACAGAUGGUUGAUAUGCUCGUGGAAUCUUCCAACAACGUGGAGAUGAUUCUCAAGUUUUUUGACAUGUUCUUAAAACUCAAGGACUUGACGUCUUCUGAUACUUUCAAAGAGUAUGACCCUGAUGGUAAGGGAGUUAUUUCCAAGAGAGACUUUCACAAAGCCAUGGAGAGCCACAAACACUACACCCAGUCCGAGACUGAAUUUCUCCUGUCCUGUGCAGAGACAGAUGAAAAUGAAACCCUGGACUAUGAAGAAUUUGUCAAGCGGUUCCACGAGCCUGCCAAGGACAUUGGCUUCAACGUGGCAGUGCUUCUGACAAACCUCUCCGAACACAUGCCCAAUGAUACCCGGCUGCAGACUUUUCUGGAACUGGCCGAGAGUGUGCUCAAUUACUUCCAGCCCUUCCUGGGCCGCAUUGAGAUCAUGGGCAGUGCCAAGCGCAUAGAGAGGGUGUAUUUUGAAAUCAGUGAGUCCAGCCGAACCCAGUGGGAGAAGCCCCAGGUUAAGGAGUCCAAAAGGCAAUUUAUAUUUGACGUGGUCAAUGAAGGGGGGGAAAAGGAGAAGAUGGAGCUCUUCGUGAACUUCUGUGAGGACACCAUCUUCGAGAUGCAGCUGGCGGCUCAGAUAUCAGAGUCAGAUCUGAACGAGAGGUCAGUGAAUAAAGAGGAGAGUGAGAAGGAGAAGCCGGAGGAGCAGGGUCCAAGGAUGGGUUUCUUUUCCAUCGUGACGGUCAAGUCCGCCCUGUUUGCCCUCAGGUACAAUAUCUUGAUCCUUAUGCGGAUGCUCAGCCUGAAAAGCUUGAAGAAGCAGAUGAAGAAGGUGAAGAAGAUGACAGUGAAGGACAUGAUCACAGCCUUCUUUACAUCCUACUGGGGUAUUUUGAUGAGCCUCCUGCACUUUGUAGCCAGCGUUUUCAGAGGCUUCUCUCGCAUCAUCGGCAGCCUCCUGCUGGGAGGAAGCCUGGUCGAAGGUGCGAAGAAGAUUAAAGUGGCAGAGCUCCUGGCCAACAUGCCAGACCCCACACAGGAUGAGGUUCGAGGAGACGGGGAGGAGGGGGAGAGGAAAACCCUGGAAGGGGCCCUGCCCUCUGAAGAUCUGACGGAUUUAAAGGAACUGACAGAGGAGAGUGACCUGCUUUCCGAUAUCUUUGGCUUGGACCUGAAACGAGAAGGAGGGCAGUACAAACUGAUUCCUCACAAUCCCAAUGCUGGCCUGAGUGACCUCAUGAGCAACCCCGUCCCCAUCCCAGAGGUGCAAGAAAAGUUCCAGGAACAGAAGGCAAAAGAAGAAGAAAAGGAAGAAAAAGAAGAAAGUAAAUCCGAACCUGAGAAAGCUGAAGGAGAAGAUGGAGAAAAAGAAGAAAAAGCCAAAGAAGACAAGGGUAAACAAAAACUGAGACAGCUCCACACACACAGAUAUGGAGAGCCAGAAGUCCCUGAGUCAGCAUUCUGGAAGAAAAUCAUAGCCUAUCAACAGAAACUUCUAAACUAUUUUGCUCGCAACUUCUACAACAUGAGAAUGUUAGCCUUAUUUGUCGCAUUUGCAAUCAAUUUCAUCUUGCUCUUUUAUAAGGUCUCCACUUCUUCUGCGGUUGAAGGAAAGGAGCCCGCUCGCAGCUCCAGUGAAAGUGCCCGAGUUGGCGGCUUGGGCAGCAGCUCGCCCAGAGCCGUGGCGGUGCACUACGUGCUAGAGGAGAGCAGCGGCUACAUGGAGCCCACGCUGCGGGUCCUGGCCGUUCUGCACACCGUCAUCUCUUUCUUCUGCAUCAUUGGGUACUACUGCCUGAAAGUCCCACUGGUUAUUUUUAAGCGAGAAAAGGAAGUAGCUCGAAAAUUGGAAUUUGAUGGGCUUUAUAUUACAGAACAGCCUUCAGAAGAUGAUAUUAAAGGCCAGUGGGAUAGACUCGUAAUCAACACACAGUCAUUUCCCAACAACUACUGGGACAAAUUUGUUAAAAGAAAGGUUAUGGAUAAAUAUGGAGAGUUCUAUGGCCGAGACAGAAUCAGCGAGUUACUCGGCAUGGACAAAGCUGCCUUGGACUUCAGUGAUGCCCGGGAAAAGAAGAAGCCAAAGAAAGACAGCUCCCUGUCAGCCGUACUGAACUCUAUUGAUGUGAAGUAUCAGAUGUGGAAACUAGGAGUCGUUUUCACUGACAACUCCUUCCUCUACCUUGCCUGGUAUAUGACCAUGUCCAUUCUUGGACACUACAAUAACUUUUUUUUUGCUGCUCAUCUUCUGGACAUUGCUAUGGGAUUCAAGACAUUAAGAACCAUCUUGUCAUCAGUAACUCACAAUGGCAAACAGCUUGUAUUAACUGUUGGCUUAUUGGCUGUUGUUGUAUACCUAUAUACUGUCGUGGCAUUCAAUUUUUUCCGAAAAUUCUACAAUAAAAGUGAAGAUGGCGAUACACCAGACAUGAAAUGUGAUGACAUGCUAACGGACAGCAGGUAA